AUAUGGAGAACAUAUUUUUGGCGUCUGAAUUCUGGUAUCUAGUAUCAUUUUAGUGUCCCUAUUAACGACAACUCUUCAUGUUGGUUUCAUAAGUAGAAAACUUAAUUUGGCUUCCUUGAUAUGGCUGACAAACUCAUUUCAGCACAAGAUGGGAGCAAAAUUCCAAUUUGCAGUUUAUUUAGGGAUACCAGCUACUUAUUUUCAUUGCUACUUCAUUAUUUCUCUUCUACAGGUGUAAUUCUUGACUUUUUUUUAUUUUCUUCUUACUGCAGACUUAUUUUCAAAGCAGACCACCUUGGUUGGAAAAUAUUGUCAAUUACAGUGCCUUCUGCUAUGGCUUUGACAGCUAAUCCUAUUGCUUUACUAGUUGACACAACAUUCAUUGGCCGAAUAGGUUCAUUGAGUGGUUGGGUUGUUGCUGUAGAGGAAGUUGUGGUGAAAGCAUUGAGGAUGGAAAGAAGCUCAAAUCUCUUUUGUUUAUGAUUAGAUAUUGUUAUGACUUAGACUUUUAUUAUGUGAUUUUAAAGUAUCUUAGUUUAUUUGA